GGAGGGGCCUUCCCGGCGAGAAGUCAGAGCUGUGCCCAGGGGCAGGCUGGCUCCGCUCUUCUGCUCCAAGGAUUACAUGUCCUUCAAACGCCCUUGCCCCUUAGCACGAUACAACCGCACCAGCUACUUCUAUCCCACAUUCUCAGAGAGCUCGGAGCACAGUCACCUGCUCGUGUCUCCUGUGCUGGUGGCGAGUGCUGUCAUAGGCGUGGUCAUCAUCCUCUCCUGCAUCACCAUCAUCGUGGGCAGCAUCCGCAGGGACAGGCAGGCCCGGCUUCAGCGCUACCGCCACCGCCACCAUCGGCACCAUCAUCACCACCACCGUCGGCGACGCCGACACCAAGACUUCGAGCACAGCCACGUUGCUGACGGGCUCGCGGACAGCCAUCCCAGCCACAGAAUGCACUCAGCCUGCAGCCCCACAGAGGACUGGCCCCCACCCUUGGACAUCAGCUCUGAUGGGGACGUGGACGCCACGGUGCUCAGGGAGCUGUACCCCGAUUCUCCACCAGGCUACGAGGAGUGUGUGGGGCCAGGGGCCACUCAGCUCUAUGUCCCCACGGAUGCGCCACCUCCCUACUCACUCACCGACUCCUGCCCCACCCUGAAUGGCACCCUCAACUUGAACAGUGGUCCCAGCCUCAGCGGAUACCAGCCGGAGCAGAGGACCAGGGCCCAGAGCGGCCUCCGCACCAUCUCCAUGGACACGCUGCCCACCUACGAGGCUGUGUGUGGAGCUGGCUCCCCGGCAGGCCUCCUGCUGCUGCCAGGACCAGAACCAGGGCCGAGGAACUCCCAGGGCUCGUCCAGCCCUGCUCGGGCCCCAGCCUCAGGCCCUGAGCGAACUGUGUGAGUGAUUCAGCCCACCCAGGUCCUGUUGGUCCCUCCAAGCUGAGCCACAUCUUUCAGGCAUAUUUGGGCGCGUGCGCACACACACAGGCACACUGGACUCCUGCAUACACGUCUACAUAAUCACACACCCACACACACUGACACACCCCAUGUGCGCACACAAAGACAUGGCCCACGUGAGUGUGGACAUGUGUAUACACAGGCCCCCACACCCACACAAAACCUACCUGCAAAGGUUUCAUUAAAAAUAAAGGUCUCUCAGCCUCCUGCCCCCACCUCCCGGACUUGGUGGUUGGGCCUCUGUGGAUAGCGCUGGGCAGAAGAGUGAAGCAGAAACCAGGCUUUCUCCCCUUCUCCCCUGGCCUCACCUGGAACAUUGGCCCAAAUUCUGAUUCUGCCUCCAGAAACUGCUUGAUCAGCCAGGUCAACCACCUGCCCUGACCCCCUACCCCAGGGCUUGCCUCUGGGAGGUGGGGUAGGCUCAUGAGGUCCUGCUGUGCGCUGUGCCUAUCUCUCAAUUGCAAGGCAGAAGAGCCACAACAUCCCCUCCCUGCCUCCUAUGGGGUGGGGGCACAGGUCUGGGGGCACAGGGACAUGGGGUGGAGAGAGCCCACCAGGCCCCUCCCUCACCCAUGCCCUCAGGCUGGUGGUGCUAGUGGAGUUAUCGCAGUAGCCCACCCCAAGCUACAGUGGGUGGUCAGGGCCCUGGGUGGGCAUGCGGUGGAGGACUGGAUGACGGUGGUUCCCAUGUCAGUCUGAGCACUGCCUGGAACAGUCUUCAGAGAAGAUAAGGCCAGCACUGGUACCCAAGUAGCCUCAGCAAAGGGCUGUGGGGGCCGAGGUAGAAAAGGGGCCUUGGCAGUGCGUACCCAGCCAGCCACAGGGGCUGAGCUCACAUGGACUGGAGCCACCCCCUGGGAGCUGGCGCUGUCAACCUGGGUGGCAGUUACAGCUGGGGACAGUGAGUCAGGCAUUCUGGCCUUGACCCUCCAGGGUGUUUGCAGAGAGAAACUAAAGGGGACUUGAGUGCCAUAAAAACCAUCAUGCCACUUCCAGAGGACCAGCAGCUUAGCUUUGCUGCCAGGGUCCUCCCACAACAGGGGAUGUGAGGUCAGCCUGGCCAGGAACAGCUCAGAGCUUGGCCUGUGAACUCCAGCAGUCCCCAUCAGAGACCAUGUAGGAAAUGGCAAAUCCUGAAGACCCAGGCUGCCAGGGGUGAUGGCCAGGCAUCUCUCAAGAGUGUCCCUGCCAGCAUCACUGUCGGCAGGGAGCAAGCAACCCUGGCUCCCUCCUACUCCCCCUUUGUCACCCCUUAAACAGCGAGCUCCCCUUCCUCCCUACACUCAUAUUUCAUUCCUCCAAUGAAGGGCUAAGACAAUUCAGUAAUCCCUUUCUUAAGCAGAGGGGUGGUAAGAUUGGUGAUCUUGAAUUUCAUUUUCUGUAGAAAUAGCAUUUCUUCUGGUGCAGAGCUGGAAGGAGUCCACCAGGAGGAUCUGUAACAUCCUGCGUGUUGGAAUCCCGGACCACAGCUGGGGGAGGGACAUUGUUUACAAGCAGUUCUGUCCACCUUUGUGGUGUACUGUUUUCUAGGCAAAAACAUCCGUCUGUUGUACUGUAUAGCCUUUAAAAUGCACCGCAGGGAUGAGUCUCUUUCAGGAGUUGCAUCCUGUGUGUGCGACUCUAGAGUGCUGGGGAAGAUAAAACUCCCUGCCUACUCAGCAGCGUGCGUUUGCAGGGCGGAGCUGAGCCGCUUUUCUUGUUCCCCAACUAGGCGCUGAAUAAGCAACAAUGUAUCUUUUCUGUGU